AUGAUGGAUUAUAGAUUGAAAUGUUGCAAGAAAAAAGAUGUCAAUAGUUUUUGUUGUAAAUCAUGUCUAGGAGUGUUCCAUCCAUCAUGUAUGGAAAGAUAUAAAUCAGUAAGAGUAAUUUAUAGAAAUACCAUAUAUUGCUCUGAAGAAUGUGCUGAGAAAGAUCUGUUAAUUGAAAAAGCAGAGACAGAUAGAGAAAAACAAUUUCAAGAAAUGAAUCAGGAAAUUUUGGAGCUUAAACAAGAGCUUAGAGCCAAGCAAUUACAUAUCAAAAGAAUGGAAAGACGCACCCAAGAUUUUGAGAACGAUAUAUUUGAGGACGAACAACGAAGUAUAGAGAAAAUUAAUGAACUGAAUGAUAGUAUGAAUAAAUUGAAAUUGGACAUAGUUAAAUUGAACGAGGAAAACAAUGUUUUCGCCUCAGAAAAGGUUAUUAUGCAAGAGGAGUUGAAUAAAGCGAAUAAACAAUACCAGGAGCUUAUGGAAGUAAAUCGUAAUAUUAUUGACUCCAUCAGAAUAUUGGAGGCUGAAAAUAAAAUUUAUCAGAGGGAAAUUGAACAUUUCAAGGAGCAAGCAGAGUUGAUGAUUGGACCAGCCAUCUCCCAGAACUCACUUAUUGUGGAGGAACGCCCAGUUACACAGCCUGUUAAAUCCAAUAUAAAUGAACCAGUUUCUGCUAUGAGCCCACUCCGCAUGGAUGUAGUAAUAGAAUAG